UAGUAAUGCUCAGUCUUAUAACACAAGGUCAGUUGUCGUGGCAGGUGCAAGACAGAGAUUGAAAAUGUUGGGUUUUAAGAAUCAAACAGUCCAAGUGGACGGAAUCUUUUUAUUUAUUUGUUUAUUUAUUCAUUCAUUCAUUGUUUUUAGGCACACUUCUGUGCUACUGAAAGGCAGGGACUCUCCAUGAAAUAUUUUAGUACAUCGAUGGGCACGACACCAGUUCUCUCACACUUUUUGGUUUUGGGAAUGUUGCUGUAACUCAGCAGCAGAUGGCGCUAAAACUCACAUCCUUAGCCUGCCUGCUUUACCCUCACAACCUUUUCUUUACACUGCAUUAGCCUACUAUGAAACAGAGCUUUAUGCUUGGUAACACAUUCAUAAGUGUUUUGGAUUCUCUUUAUUAUGUUAUUUUAUGCACAUAUCACAGUCAGUUUCAUGUGUACUACUUUGGAACCAAGUUGCAUAUCUGGUUAAAAUGUAGGAUAAAGAUGGAGAACAGGAUAUAAAACUCAAAUUAGGGUUUAUGUGAGAAAUUGGGAAUCGUUAAACAGCUGGGCUUGUAACUCUUGUAAGUCUGUAGGUUCUGAUCUGAGGGGCAGCACUACCAUUCUGCCCUAGAGCAAGAUUGUAGCCUGCUUUUCUGCAUAUAUACAGCCACAUAAACGGGUGCAUGAAAUAAAAAAAUGCAUUCUGUGUAAGUCACUCUGGAAACGGGCUUCUGAUCGCCACGUAAAUAAUGUCACGUAAUGUGAGCGGGACUUCUUCACAUUCUCCUGUUCUUGAGCGGGAGCACCGCCCCUCCCCCCGCGGCGAGGGGGACGCGCAUACCCGGGUUCCCGUGUGGCGUGACUGCGCUGACGGCGCCAGCGUCGCUGGGCUCUAAUCCCGCCGCGUACCUGGCAGAUCGCUGCAGCGCCGCCGGCUCACGUCGCUGCUGCGCUCUGCGUUCGGGGAUCCGGGAUCGCGCUAAUCCUGGCCCGCGGGGCCUCCCCUCUGGGGAAGUAGGGCACGGGAGGUCAGACGCAAUAAAUUACUCUCAUUUUAUAAAUAUGAAAUCAAUGCACUGCCUCUGUGCUGCUUGAGCAUUACUCCAAUGCCUCUGUGCCUACUGUUUAAUAAUAGGAAUUGCCUGGCAGAUAUCACGGCUUGGGUAUGUUCAUAAAAUGGAAUUAUUUUAUUUUUGGGAAGUAUUCUAUGUCCAGGUCUACAAUUUCAAAAUGUCUGCACAUGCGUCACUAGUGACAGAAUAACAAUAUUUUAAGGCAUCUACUUUGCUGAUAGAUAUGUACAACACUUUUCUUUGUCAUUGUUUUAUAGUGUGUUCCUCAGGCUCCUGUCUGUGCAGGCUUGGCCUGUGGACUGUGCUGUGGAAAGAAGCAGCUGGUGACAUCACGUGCUUCAGAAAAGCGUGAGCUUGUCUGCACUCUCCUGCAUUGAAUGCAUGCAUGCCUGGAGUAUGAGCAUAUAAAAUAUACAGCUUUGCAUUCGACACUGAAGAGAAAAUGGGGAGAAAAACAUAAAAAAUCUAUCUAUCAGUCAAUUUAUUAAUCAAUCUAUCAAUAUUAAGUUUCGACAAACAAUAUGCACAGUGACAUGCAAAUAUUACAUUUUCUUAUUGUUAAAUGAGCAUAGCCAGCCUGCUUAGAAAUUAUGUGAUGACAAAUUGGCAGAAACUAAGUUGGCUGAGAAAAAUAUUUAAAUAAAGGGGUUUGCAAUCUGAAUAGCAAUGAGGACUAACAUAACACUUCUGAUUUACCUCUACAAGGGACUAAACAAAUAAAGUAAAAAGGUUGUAGCCCAAGAUUAAAGCUAUGCAGGACUCAAUAUUUCACUCUAACUCAUUUUAGAGGAAAUCUCUGGGAAACCCCAUCAAGCCAACAAGAUGUUCCAUUGGUUGGAAUGAUGGAGAAAGGGUCAGACUCUCUAAGCCUGGGUUCUCAUUGGACAACUGUGCAGAUUUCCACAGAGCAGUGCCCUGAUUGGAUGAAAGGUAGCACACAUACUGUGACACCAAGGCUCAGGUCCAUAAACAUCUGGUGGUCUCCUCCUUGAGCCCUGGGAGGCUUGUACGAUUGAGACCAAAUAUGCUGCCUUCCUGAGAUUAAAAAAUCAUAUGGAGGUGUAGGAAAAUUAUGUGAAAUAUGUUUAAUAAUCCUCACCUUGCUGACAUAAAUCGAGGUUCCAACUGAGAAACUACAUCAAAUGUAUAAUCUCUUUACUGAGGGUUAAACUGUACUCUUAUUUUGAUUUUCUAAAAGAAUUUCAGAAUCAAGUCUUCUGACUUUUCUUUUUUUUCUGUGGUAACCCUCUAACAAAUGAAAACAGUUGCUUACUUAGCCAGAAAUUCUGACUAUUGUUUAUGUUCAAUUACUGUGACAUUUCUCCCACUUAAGUCCUGAAAUAUUGCAUGCCUUUUGAUGGAACACUGGUGUAGAAGAAUGUGCAGCCUAUUGAUGUGUCAAAAGAAUGCGCUGCCAAUUAGCAUGACCUAUUAAUGCAGAGAGUCCAAUGGGACAAUGCAGGCAAAUACCUUUAUCCUGCCAGUCAUGCUCUCUUCAAAGUUUAUCAUGGGAAAGUAACAUAUUUUCUCUUUUUAGAAUUUAUUGACAUGGCAACUCCAAUUAAGAGCAUUGGGCUUGCUUGCUUUGAAGAUACACAUCAAAGGCAUGCCAAAUUUUUUUUGACAGCCGAAAUAUCUGUGCGCAUUUUAACUAGACACACAGAAAUUGCAUUGUGUUAUUAAAAUAAUUGACAUGUAAUUAUUUUCUUAUAGUUUAGGACUAAUCAAUUGUGUGUGCACCUUUCAAGCAUGUUCAAAAAUAAUGGCAACAGACCUAGUUAUUCUACUACUACUCUACUACUACUACUACCACUACCUAUACUACCACCAGCAAUUUAGUGGUGAUGCAAAUUUUAAAAGAAACAUUUGGAUAGAAACCACUAAUUAAAUUUUAAGUUUAACAGCAAGAAAUGAAUGCUAAUCUAAGAUAUAAUUGAUUUCAGAAUGUGGACUGCUUUGUCAAACUGCUGAAGCAUUUAUCCAUAAAGGUUUUAUAAUGAUUGUCUGGAGGCCUAUACUUUAGGUGUCUCAGAUGACUUUGGACUCUUGACAACAAAAGGGCGAGUGUAUUGUGAACUAAUGAAUGUGUCUCCCUGUCUCUGUCUGUCCGAAUCUGUGCGGCUCGUUUCAUGCGCCAGACAUGUGUGUGUGCGCGCGCGCGUGUGGCUUUUCCCACCCCGGUCCCGGAUUUGCUGGUCAGUGACAUGCCUCUCUCCGCCUGGCGCUUUAUAGCUCCAGUCGUCAGGAAUUCUGAUCAAGUGGUACGGACAUCGCCGACAGAGAGUGCAAACACGUAUCGUCCCCUUUAAACACAGUCUUAUGACUGAACAGACCGCAAUCAGCCAGAAGUUGGGGACAGCAUACGGUGCAACUACUUGGCCAAGGAGGAUACUAUAGCAAGCAAGCGCUCCGUGACGGACCAGACAGCGACCAAGAGCGAACUGAGCUGCCCUCUCACUACUUCGGUGGGUGAGAUAACCCGCUAUUUCAAUUGUGAGCCCCAGUUCUGCGGUCACUGCUACACCCGUCCAUUCUCCCAGGCAGUUCUGCCCCCGGUCCCCCAUGCUGUCAUGUGUCGCUUGUUGAUGACCUCACUCUUCCUCUGCCUCUGGUUGGUGGAGAAUGGGCAGGGGAGUCUGGGGGAAACUCUGGAGGAGCUGCACACAGAGUUCGCUGUCGGCCUCUUCCAAACCCUCACAGAGACCGACAACAACUCCAACCUGAUCGUAUCUCCAGCCAGCGUAUCCAUGUCACUGGGGCUGCUGCAGUUUGGGGCACGGGGCAAUACCCUGUCCCAGCUGGAGGGGGCACUGAGGUACAACUCCAAUGAGAUGCGGAUGCAAGACUUCCUGCAGCAGGUCCAGGGGGACUCCAGGAACUCUACUCAGGCUUUGAGGGUGCAGCUGGCCUGCGCCCUCUUUGUUCAGAGUGGCAUGCAGCUCUCCCAGGAGUUUACCCAGCAUGCAUCAGCCUGGGCCAACAGCAGUGUGGUGCACACCAACUUCAGCCAGCCCAACCACACUCGAGGACAGGUGGAACAGUGGGUCCGCAGCCGUGGUAACGGCGACGCCCACGCGCUCCUGGCCGGGGAGGAGCUGGCGGGAUUGGUGGAGGCGCAGGGUGGCCCCUCCCUGUGGGGUCAGACGCAGAUGGCUCUAGUCAGCAGUGUGGCUUUCAGGGGAACCUGGCAGAGGCAGUUCCUUUUCGCCGAGACUCGAACCCUUCCGUUCACCCUCUCCGACGGCACCACCAUCAAAGUGCCCAUGAUGUACCAGGCCUCAGAGGUCAAAUUUGGUCAGUUCCGCACGCUCACAGAUCACAGGUACACAGUGGUGGAGCUGUCCUACCUGGGCGACUCCCUCAGCCUGAUGGUGGCGCUGCCGAGCGAGCGAAAGGUGCCCCUGGCUCACCUGGAGACACAGCUCACCCCCCGCGCCAUGGCGCUCUGGGCCGGCGGCCUGCGCAGGACCAAGAUGGACGUCUUUCUGCCUCGGUUCAAGAUCCAGAACAGAUUCAACCUGAAGUCCAUGUUGCUCUCUCUGGGCAUCUCUGACAUGUUUGAUCCCAUGGCUGCAGACUUUGGUGGAAUCUCAGCAGAAGAUGGCCUGUAUGUGUCUGAAGCCAUUCACGAAGCCAAAAUAGAGGUGACUGAAGAGGGAACCAAGGCAGCAGCCGCUACAGCGAUGGUGUUACUGAAAAGGUCACGCGCUCCUGUGUUCAAGGCAGACCGGCCAUUCCUCUUCCUCCUGCGAGAGGCCAGCACAGGUUCAGUGCUAUUCAUGGGGCGAGUGAUGAACCCAGCGGUGCUAGUAUGAGCCUGGUGAUCCUCCCCACCCCCCGUCACCCCAAGCCCCAUCCCAGCACCUUCCCCCCCCCCAACAGGGAGCUGCCCGCUGAUGAUAUUUAUUGGGGGCGGUCUGGAGACUCUGCAGCUCCUGCUUCAACAAGAGGGACAAUAUUAUUGUACAUAUCUGUAAAUAAAAUUUGAAUACAUUCUUUUUCA